AUGACUUAUACUUUCUUGACCGACCUCUAUGGUCAAGUAGAAGCGCCAGCACCACCACCAGCAGCAACACUGGAAGUGGCAGCAGCCGCCGCCUUUUGCCUGCUCCUUAAGAAGAGGAAGAGAGAAGAGGCCAUCAGGCGCAAUGAGUGCUAUCAAGUAUUGCCCCUGAUGGCCGACAGGGGCACCGAAUUGCCCGAGGACAUCCAGGCAGGGCUGAAGGGAGCUAAGCUGCAGCCAGACCUCACACUGGCCCAGCUACUACUCCGGAGUUCUUCGACCCGGAAGGGGAUACAGGAGGGGAAAAAGGCAGUGUUAGAUGCUGCCAAAAAGGCAUUGAAGAGGCGGACGAGAAGUUGA